CUCACACAGUCGAUGUUAUUGAGAGCUGAAAUGGAGCAGAAAGAUCAACUCACCCACUGCUAUGCUGGACCUGAAGAUGUGGCCUGUGAUGUCUGCACUGGGAGGAAAAGGAAAGCUGACAAGUCCUGUCUGGUUUGUUUGGUUUCUUAUUGUGAGAAACAUCUCCAACCUCACUAUGGUUCUCCAUCAUUUAAAAAUCACAAGCUAGUGAAUCCUUCCAAGAACCUCCAGGAGAACAUCUGCUCUCGUCAUGAUGAGGUGAUGAAGAUCUUCUGUCGUACUGAUCAGCAGAGUAUCUGUUAUCUCUGCACUAUGGAUGAACAUAAAGGCCAUGAAACAGUCCCAGCUGCAGCAGAAAUGGAUGAGAAGCAGAAGAAGCUCCAGGAGAGUCGACAACAAAUCCAUCAGAGAAUCCAGGACCAAGAGAAAGAUGUGAAGCUGCUUCAACGAGAGGUGGAGGCCAUCAAUGUCUCUGCUGAUAAAGCAGUGGAGGACAGUGAGAAGAUCUUCACUGAGCUGAUCCGUCUCCUCCAGGAAAGAAGCUCUGAUGUGAAGCAGCAGAUCAGAUCCCAGCAGGAAACUGAAGUGAGUCGAGUCAAAGAUGUUCAGGAGAAGCUGCAGCAGGAGAUCACUGAGCUGAAGAGGAAAGACGCUGAGCUGGAGCAGUUCUCACACACAGAGGAUCACACCCAGUUUCUCCUCAACUACCCCUCACUGCCAGCACUCAGUGAGUCUACAGGAUCAUCCAGCAUCAUUGUUCGUCCUCUGAGACACUUUAAGGACAUAACAGAAGCUGUGUCAGAGCUCAGAGACAAACUACAGGACGUCCUGAGAGACUCAUGGACAAACAUACCAGGUCCAGUUUCCUCCAGAGUGGGAGUGUAUCUGGACCACAGAGCAGAGUCCAGACCAGAUUCACUGAGCCUCUACUUGCUGGCAUUGGACUUUUGA